GAGGAGACAAGAUGGCGCUGCGGGCCAUCAGGGGCAUCGUCAACGGGGCCUCUCACGAGGCGGCCCGGGAGCAGGUCCUGGCCGUCAGCAGGGACUACCUGUCCCAGCCUCGCCUCACAUACAAGACGGUAUCAGGCGUCAAUGGUCCAUUGGUAAUCUUGGAUCAUGUCAAGUUUCCCAGGUAUGCCGAAAUUGUUCACUUGACACUUCCUGAUGGCACAAAGAGAAGCGGACAGGUUCUAGAAGUUAGUGGCACUAAAGCAGUAGUUCAGGUAUUUGAAGGAACUUCUGGCAUUGAUGCCAAGAAAACCUCUUGUGAGUUUACUGGCGAUAUUCUUCGAACCCCAGUGUCCGAGGAUAUGCUUGGUCGUGUCUUCAAUGGAUCAGGGAAACCCAUUGAUAGAGGCCCUGUGGUCCUGGCUGAAGAUUUUCUUGACAUCAUGGGUCAACCAAUCAAUCCUCAGUGUCGAAUCUACCCCGAGGAGAUGAUUCAGACUGGCAUUUCUGCCAUAGAUGGUAUGAACAGUAUUGCAAGAGGACAAAAGAUUCCCAUUUUCUCUGCUGCUGGUUUACCACACAAUGAGAUUGCAGCACAGAUCUGUCGCCAGGCUGGUUUAGUGAAGAAAGCCAAAGAUGUGAUGGACUACAGCGAAGAGAACUUCGCCAUCGUGUUUGCAGCUAUGGGGGUAAACAUGGAGACCGCUCGCUUCUUCAAAUCGGACUUCGAAGAAAAUGGCUCCAUGGAUAAUGUCUGCCUGUUUUUGAACUUAGCCAAUGACCCAACCAUUGAGCGUAUUAUCACUCCCCGUCUGGCUCUAACCACAGCAGAGUUCCUGGCCUAUCAGUGUGAGAAGCAUGUGUUGGUUAUUCUAACAGAUAUGAGUUCCUAUGCUGAAGCUCUGCGAGAGGUUUCAGCAGCCAGAGAAGAGGUCCCUGGCCGUCGUGGCUUCCCAGGUUACAUGUACACAGAUUUAGCCACGAUAUAUGAGCGAGCUGGCCGUGUGGAAGGCAGGAAUGGCUCUAUUACCCAAAUCCCUAUUCUCACUAUGCCCAAUGAUGAUAUCACACAUCCCAUCCCUGACUUGACUGGAUAUAUUACAGAGGGACAGAUUUACGUGGACAGGCAGUUGCACAACAGACAGAUUUAUCCUCCUAUUAACGUGUUGCCGUCCUUAUCACGGUUGAUGAAGUCUGCUAUCGGAGAGGGUAUGACUAGGAAGGAUCAUGCCGAUGUAUCAAAUCAGUUGUAUGCGUGCUAUGCGAUUGGUAAAGAUGUUCAAGCCAUGAAAGCUGUAGUUGGAGAGGAAGCCCUUACCUCAGACGAUCUCCUCUAUUUGGAGUUUCUGCAGAAGUUUGAAAGGAACUUCAUCGCUCAGGGUCCGUAUGAAAAUCGCACCGUCUACGAGACUCUGGACAUUGGCUGGCAGCUGCUGCGAAUCUUCCCCAAGGAAAUGCUGAAGAGAAUCCCGCAAAGCACCCUGAGCGAGUUCUACCCGAGAGACUCCGCCAAGCACUAGCCGCGGUUGCGUCUUGGGCUCCGCUCUCCGUGAAAUGCUGGUUUUGCUCUCUCUUUCCCCUUUGUGUUGGUGUUUACUCGUUACCCUCCCAUUAAAACCGAGGCUAGGUAACGUCGUGCCAGUGUUCCUGAUGUUUUAAGCCGAUAACAGAGUUUAAAAUAUCCCCUGCUCAGAAAACCAGAAUCUCCUAAGCUUUGGCUAAGUGGCUGCCGGGCUGAGGCCGAACUUGACUCACUGAUGUGUCUGUCUGCGUGUGCGCGCGCAUGUGUGUGUGUAUAUGUGUCUAUAGUGGUGUAGUUACUAGCAUGAUUACACCCUAAUUAUUUGGGUCUCCUAGACCUCAUGUUUCUGAAGCUCCUCAGGAGUGAGACUGUUUGAAGCUGUAAUGCCUUUGGCCUCAAAACUCAAGGCCAACCUGGGUGUGUACGAAUCCUUCUCUAGGAUGAGCAAAUGGUUGAAUGCCCCUGCUUCUGGUCUACGUGCAGGCCUUUGUCGCCUUGCUGCUGCUCCACACAGAUGGCAUCUGCUGCUGACCUGCCCUUACCUGUUUGAUGGUCAGACCGGCAGAGAGGAGUCUCCUCUUCUCCCUCCUCCCCCGCUUUAUUUUUAGUAUGUAGUAAUGACGUACAACACGUGAUGCCAGAGCCCGGGCGGCCUUUGGCUUUGAUUAUGACCCCGAACGGAGUAGGGGCUCUUGGGUCUUGCCGCUGCUCCUUCUGAGGUCCUUGUAGAACCAUGCAUCAUUUGCACAACUGGUGACACUUUUUUAUUUUUUGACCUGGUAGUUCAGAAAGACUCCUACCUGACUUCCCCACGGUGAGCCUUGAAGGACUUCCAGAGGCGGGAAUUAUGAGAUCCUUGGCUGCAUAAGUCAACUUGAACUGCUCGGCUUGGAAAGAAUCGGGAAGCGGGCAGAUGCGCUCCAUUCCAGUUCCCUGCCAAAUCACUGGGAUUAUGAGACGAUAACAGUUCUCAAACUGUUUACCAAAAACCGGAGGUUUUGUUGGGAGAAUAGGAUGAGUCCACCUCUCGGCGUGUUUAUAGGGAUAUUUUGAACUCUGUUAUCAAGCAAUCUUUUGGGAUUCCCCAUUUGUUCCUGCUUUUCCAUUCACUCCUGCCUUGCCAAGGUGACCCAGUGGCACAAACAUCAAUAAUAAUAAUAAUAAUAAUAAUAAUAAUAAUAAAACACUUAAGGAUUCUAACAUUGGCUCCUUCCUCAUGUUAACCCUGCAACCGUCUCCGGUGCAGUUCUAACAUUUCCAUUAUUUGGUCUCUUGUGGUUUUUUUUGUAAUUUGGGUGCAAUAGCAAUCUCUUUAGUGCAUUCCAUCUUUGAAGUUGUGUCAAGUCCUUGAUUUUUCUCUGAGGGGGUAUUAGCAUGAGAAUAUUUUAACGUAGAAAAUGUGACCUCUGAAUAUGAAAUGUGGACAAUAAAUAAAUGUUCAAUCAAAUGG